AUGGUGUACAGAUCGGGUACAAGUGAAGGAGAGUUCGCGGAGGUUGGAAAGGAAGCGAGUGAAAUUCGCGCCGUUGCUGAAAGAAUGGCUGAUCUAAAUGGUGGUAGACCGUACCGUCCAAAGAUUACUAUCAUCGUCGCACAAACUAACAGCAAUUAUAGGAUAAUGCCGGCCUCAAUGCCACCUGCCAACGGUGGUCGAAUGAGAGCCUCAGAUCUCAACGUUCCGUCUGGAACAUGUGCAGACACUGGCAUUACUCAUCCACGUCUACGAGAGUUCAUUAUGACAUCUCAACAGGCUAACAUUGGUACUUCUCGUCCUACCCGAUACACAAUCGUUGUUGAAGAUAAGCCGCAGAUGUCUCUAACUGAUGCAGAGCAUAUAACACAUUUUCUCUGUCAUGGUCAUCAGCAAUCAACUCUGCCCACACAUGUUCCCGCUGUUCUUUAUGCGGCUGAGAAUUUAGCGAAGCGAGGUCGUGCUGCAUGGAAAACUAAACUGUAA